UAUGAAGAAUUAAUUUUGCUUAAAGUCUUCUUUUCUAAAUUACCCAAACCCCUAAAAUGUUUAAAUAAAAUUUCUUUUCUUUUAAAUUGAGAGUUGAAGUCGCGAGGCAAAGUGAGUUUGUGAAAAAAUAAAUAAAUAAAUCAAAAAAAAAAGAAAUGUUGACUACUUUUUCAUCUUGAAACAAAAGACCAAAUACGUGUUAAUCAUUUAAGUAAUAAAAACGAAACCUCAAAAAAGCAAGACCUUAAAGGCUUGGUUUUGAAAACCCUGCCAAUUCUGCUUUGCCCUUUGUGACGCUACUCUUUGAUCUUUGAUACAAAGAUGCCAAUUAUGUCGGGUAUGUCAUGACCAUGGUCUAUGCCCAAGAGAAUAGUACUCAGUGAGAUGGAGCCAGCUCUAACGGUUUUAACUGCCUUCCAUUUCCCGCCUUCAAUGGCGAUAUGGUCGGUUUCAAAACCCUAACUCAAAACAUAAAUAGCCAGCGCAGGUGUAAUUCCUCGCCACCAAACUGAUUUACAACCACUCAUUCCGAUCCACUGCGUCUCUCUCGCUCUCUUUCCCCAUUUCGUCAUCUGAAAAAUCUUCCGACACUUUAUCCCCCAAUUUCAAUUGCUCUGUGACGACUUAGCUGUCUCACAGUCUGUAAAACCCUAAAUUUGGACACAACAUCGAUCUUUCUUCGAUUUUCACUACCCUAUUUAUAGAUUUUCCAUUACCCAUUUCGUGUUUUUGCUUAUCCAACCCAAUCUUUCUUUCUAGGGUUUUGAUCGAAUGUUUCAAAUAAAACCACUCGACACACUAUUGUUUUGUAUAAUCUUUCAAUUACAAGACGUCAGGUGUCUUCUCUUGGCUUUUCUUGCAACAAUGACUGUUUUGAAAUCUGGAGUUCUCGUUAAGCUUCUUGAAGACAUGACGGUGGAUGAAACCCUAGCGGAUGAUCGUAAACGAGUUUUGUUGCAGAUAAGAAGCAUAAUCCCUGUUCUGGAAGAAGGUGAUCUUUGGCCUAACAAAGGGUUUUACUUGAAGGUCUCCGAUUCGACUCACGCCAUUUAUGUCUCUUUGCCUCAAGAACAGGAUGAGAUGAUUUUGAGUAACCAAUUACAACUUGGGCAGUUCAUAUAUGUACAGAAGUUGGAGGAGGCACUGCCGGUUCCGAUUCUCAGAGGCGUAAGGCCUGUCCCCGGUAGACAUCCGUGUGAUGGAACUCCGGAAGAUAUAGUUCUGGCUGCUAAUUUGGUGAAGUUUCUUGAGGAGUCCAAUGAAGAGUCCAUAAUGGAAAAGACUGUUGUUUCUGAGAAAAAGAUUUGUGGGUUCUCUGAUUCUGAGUCCAUAACAGGGAAGGGGGAUGUUGGGGAGAAAAAAACUCCGGUAAAGAACCGGUCUCUGAGUGCAUCCAAAGCUCGGCCCAGUGAGAAAAGAAGGGUCUUCAAUUGCAUCAGUAAAAGUUGUGAUAUUGAGAAGAGAAUUUUGGGUGGUUUGGGGGUUCUACGAAGAAGUAAAUCAGCUUCUGCUGACAAUGACAGUGAUUCUGAUAGUCCAAAGGCGUCUGCCUCGUUUCUACAGACAUCAAAGAGAAGAAGCUGGAGUGAGAUGGAGAUUUUGGGGGUGAAGGGAAUUUUCGAUUCUUCGGUUGUCAAGCAUGAGAUAAGACCAGUGACUCGUAGCCGUAGUGCUUGUAUUUCUCCUGUUCAUCCUGUGAGGUCCGAUAGCUCUGAUGAAAAUUCGAAUUCCACAAGAAGGAAGAGAGUUUGUGGUCCAAGUGUGAAAUCGGUUAAAAAUUCCAACAGGAGCAAGAUCCCUGUUCCAAGAAAAAAUGGUGAGGAAGUGAUGUGCAGCUCAGUCAAUGAUAGAAAAGGAGAAGAAAUUAAAAUCUCAUGGGAAUCUCUCCCCUCAAGCCUCGUGAAGCUUGGAAAGGAGGUGAUAAGGCAUAGAAAUGUUGCUCUGCUUACUGCAGUUGAGGCUCUGCAAGAGGCUUGUGCUGCUGAGAGACUGGCCAAAUGCUUAAGCACAUACUCAGAGUUCCAGUUAACGAAAGGGGGUGAUUCACAUAUAUUAGUUGAUAAAUUUUUUGAUCUUCAAGAUGACUUGGCUCACAGCAGACUAAUAGUGCAGUCAUUGACAAAAAUCAGUCCACCGAAAACAUCAGAUACCGAUUCUAACAGUGCAGGUUCAGUCAAGGAAGCGUUGAAUCUGGCACUGGAAAGAAAGAAAAAUGCAACUUCAUGGAUCAAAUCAGCCAUUGAAUCUGAUCUUUCCCCGUGCUCGUCCUCUCCCAAACCUGUAACUACAACUAGAGAUGCUACCAACACAGUGAAGAAAUCAAGCAUAAAAAAUUGGGCCCCUAAAUCAAAGAGUGCAUCUCUCUUGCAGAAGCAGGUGAAGAAUGUAGAGAUCCCAAAUGGAUUGGCAGCCGACAAGGAUGACCAGCCGGAUUGGGCGAGAGGAAGUGCUUUGUGCGCAGCUGCUGACCUAUCUAAUUCCUUGCAGGAUGAAUGCCAGAGAUGGUUUCUUUGCUAUAUUGAUAAGUUUUUAGAUGAGGUUGACUGUAAAACCAGUUCCAUAGAAUCGGAUUGCCAAAUAGCUGGGAUGAUGUAUCAGAUCAAGAGAGUGAAUGAUUGGUUAGAUGUGGUUGUCUGUAAAGAGAACGGAUCCAAAGAAAGUUCCACGACAGAGGACACCGGAAUAGGAGCUUGUGAAAGGGUGAAGAACAAAAUAUAUAGUGUCUUGUUGAAGAAUGUGGAGAGGACAGCCAUGGCUUUAGAAAAUGUUAAUGCAACAGUUCAAAGUUGAGCACUCGGAGGUGAUGAGCCAUCACAAGUCCAAUAAACUUACACAAUGAUCCGAUCAAAACUAAGAGCAUAUAGAAAUAGGUAAUCGUUGUGAAUAUUUCUCCUCCUAAUUCUUUACGGCGUAAUCCUGUAUUCUCCAUGGAUUUAUGUACUUAGUUUGUUUCUUUAACUGUUUCUUUCUUUCAGUAGAUAUAAAACAAUUACUGAUGAUUUUGUUAUAUAAAAUGGAAUGAUAUCUUGUGCAAGUAUAUGAUUAGUGAGCUAGCUGAUGCUUGGUCUAGUACAUGCCUCUAAAGUGUACAUCAUAUACAUUAGAUUUUAUUUAUUUAUUUAAUUCUAUUUUACA